UAACGAGUGAGUCUCGUUGUGCGUGUGCGGACGUGUGUGAGAGAGAGAGGGGGAGCAGGGUUUCGUGGGGAGGAGUUGGCUCGUGGGGCUUCCUCCCCAACACAGUCGUCUGUGGCAGCCGAGGUGGCGGACCCAUUUCGAAAUCACCGCGGGCGAAGCCGCCAAUCCAAGGAGCCAGGACCCUUUCUCAGUCUCUUCUCUCUCUUCCCUUCCUCCAUUCUCUCUCCCUUCUCCCUCUCGUUUCUCUUCUUUCCUUUUUGUUUUCCUUGUUGUAAGUUGUAACGAACCCCCACCAUUCCCCACAUAGUCCCCUCCGCACCCUCCCUCUCCCCUUUUCAAUCUGCCUUUUUGUUUGUCCAAGUUUCGUAAUGACGGGAGUGAGGGGACAGCAACAGCAGCAGCAUCACCAUCUCCAGUCCCCUGAGGUUGGCUGAAUCAUUAGUCCAUUAGGUAGAUGUGUAAGUGUUCCCAGCUGCCAGACCUAGGUCCUGCUUACAAUGAACUCAAAAUCAAAUGCGAAGUUCUCAAGAGAUCGGAGAACCAGUAAUGUGCACGGGGGAGGACCAAAUUGGGUGCUGAUUGCAUGUGGUGCUUUGUUGGGUACCUUAUCCAUUAGGACUGGUUGCAAGAUAAAACAGGUUCUCUUGGACAGACGACCAACUGACGCUGGCAACUUAUCAAAAGGGCAUGCAAGGGCCAAUCCUGAAAGGAGAUCUGGAGCCUGCCCAUUGCAUUCCAAUGCAUAUUGUUUUACACAUGACGAUGACAGAUGUUGCCAUUGUGUUUCAGGUGUUUCUGAAGGUUCUAUGGAGGCAAAGCAUGUUUCCAGUGAAACAUUGUCAAGAAACACUGAUAUACUUCCUGGGCAGUUAGCUAUCGUCACGAGUGUGCCCGCAGAGUCUUCUGACCUGGGAGAAAAGGAAGCAUCUGCUAUCUGGGCGUCGUCUCCUGAGCGGCUGGAGCUGCCAAGGAGGCCAUUUCAUCAUCAAUCUGCUGGUUCGGACUCCCCUUGUGUGUCAGAAUCUGGAUCUGAUCUAUUCAGCAAGCGUGAAGUCAUACACAGGCUUAGGCAGCAGCUGAAGAGGAGGGAUGAGAUGAUAAUUGAGAUGCAGGCCCGAAUAACAGAGCAGCAGAGGUUUCUGAGUGAGCGCAUGACGCAUGCAUCCCACCUACAAUCACAGCUGGAUGCUGCCAACAGGGAGUUGCUAGAAGCUGAGAGGGAGAUCCAACGGCUGAGGAAAGCUAUAGUAGACCAUUGUCCAUCUGCCGAUGCCAGGUCACACCAUGAUCAGUUGCUUUCUGGAAACAGGCAAAAGCAGAAUGGCUAUGCUAACGGCGUCGCUGUGGGACUAGAGGCAAGAUCACUGGGUGCUGUAAGCAUCCCUCUGAUGGCAGAGGAGAAAGAAGCUGAUGGAGAGAGGGUUGAGAAGUUGAAGAGGGAGGUGGCAGAAUUAAGAGAGGUUAUGGAAGGGAAAGACUAUCUCCUACAUAGCUAUAAAGAACAGAAGAUGGAGCUGUGUUCCAAAGUGCAGGAGUUGCAGCUGAGAUUAGAUUCGCAGGUGCCAAAUAUCUUGUGAGGAAAGGAACCAACUUGUGUUUCUUGCAGGUUUCUUCAAGUUCUAGGGUUUUGGUUUCUGUGCAGAUAAAAGCCUGUCCAAUUUCUUUGUUCAUAUUCAUAUGCUUAUGUCGUGCACACACACACAUACACACAGACAGAGAGAGAGAGAGAGAGAGAGAGAGAGAGAGUCAUCCAACUUGUUUCUGAAUUGCCAGUAGGAGUAGGUGCGACGCAGGUUAACUCCUGGGAACGGUUAUGAAGGAUAAGAUACAACCGCCGCUGUCCCGUCUGAGGCUGUAACCCAUCAUUGUUAUGUGGAAUAACAUCUAGAACGGAAGCAUUCAAUCUUU